AUGGGAGAAUGGGGAGAGCAGUGGGCUGGAGGGGAGAAUGGGGGAGAGCAGUGGGCUGGAGGGGAGAAUGGGGGAGAGCAGUGGGCCAGAUGGGAGAAUGGGGGAAAGCAGUGGGCUGGAGGGGAGAAUGGGGGAGAGCAGUGGGCUGGAGGGGAGAAUGGGGGAGAGCAGUGGGCUCGAGGGGAGAAUGGGGGAGAGCAGUGGGCUGGAGGGGAGAAUGGGGAGAGCAGUGGGCUAGAUGGGAGAAUGGGGGAGAGCAGAUGGGCUGGAUUGGGAAUGGGGGAGAGCAGUGGGCUAGAUGGGAGAAUGGUGGAGAGCAGUGGGCUGGAGGGGAGAAUGGGGGAGAGCAGUGGGCUGGAGGGGAGAAUGGGGGAGAGCAGUGGGCUGGAGGGGAGAAUGGGGGAGAGCAGUGGGCUGGAGGGGAGAAUGGGGGAGAGCAGUGGGCUGCAAGGAGGGAAUGGGGGAGAGCAGUGGGCUGGAGGGGGAUAG